GCCGCACUGUGCGUGUUUGGACGCACACAAGCUGGCAUGGGAUCGGGCCCACAGGUGUGCCUCCAUAGGAAUGCGGCUUCCUAUGGGGGUGCACCAAGUAGAGAAAGAGCCAAGAGUGUCAGCGGUGGACCCCAGAAGAGGAGGUUCAAAGCUGCUGUGCUGAAUACCAUUGCACAGAGGAGAAAGCACAGGGAUUUCACGCCGCCUCUGAGACUGCGGGGUCGUACUCUGGACAUAUGGGGACAGAUCAAGAUGAGAGUGGAUAUCGGAGACAGUUCAAUGCUGCGGUGUCAGUUAUUCAGAGCUUGCCAAAAAGUGGCUCCUAUCGCCCUUCCUAUGAGGAGAUGCUUCUCUUUUACAGCUACUACAAACAAGCCACGGUUGGACCCUGCAAUAUCGGUCGCCCUGGUUUCUGGGAUCCCAUUGGAAGAUAUAAGUGGGAUGCCUGGAACAAGCUGGGUCAGAUGAGCCAGGAAGAUGCCAUGUGUGCGUAUAUCAGAGAAAUGAAGAAAGUAGCCCAAAAGAUUAUCGACACGGUCCCUCUGGAAGAUACAUCACCUGAGCUGUUUGAGCCUUUCCGUCCCCUGUAUGAAGUUAUUCCAGAUAUGCCCCGCCCUCCAGAUUACUUUUUCAAGACUAUCACUGAAGGGGAGACUUUUGAAGAUGACAAGUACCAGGCAUCAAAGGAGGAAGAAGAGGAGCAAUAUGGAUCCAAACCAGAGCAAACAGAACUGGGUGCUCACCGAGGUCUAGGGAAGGAGGAGAAACGCAGAGAACCUGUAGGUGAGGCUGCCCAGUCAGAAGCAAGUGACAGGAGACUGGGAAGCUGGGGGUCAGAAAAUGAAGAUUUCUCCGAUAGUCUGGACAAACUAGAACCUGAUCAGAACUCUAAAGAUGACGGCUCAGUGAUUCAUCCCCACUUGUUUCAGGCUUCUGGGGCCACCCAUAAAAAAUUAAAGCCUAAGGCCAGGAGGCACAGCGCAGAGAGGUGGAAGGAUCAUGACUCAGAGGAACCGUCCUCCAGCAAUGCCUGCUUGAGGAAUCCUGGUGAGUCAGAAAGCUCAGACAUGUCCAGUGAACCGCAGAACAAGUGCCGAAGUUCAUCACACAACUUGAGCCCUCAGAUUGCUGCCACGGUGGAGGCUCUACAGGCCUCAGUUCAGGGACUCUGUCAGCGGCUAGAAAGUCUGGAGCGAGCGUUACAGGAUCAACAACAGUACAUACGUGAACGAACGCACAGAUCACCCAAACACCCGAAGCCGCAACAGUCUGGAAUUACCCAGUCCCAGACCGUCCUUUUCAUCGUUAUGUGGCCUUUCUUUGUACACUGGCUUCUUCGAAGACUUUAUGGAAGAAAAAGUUGACCUUUCUUGAGAGUCUUUUUGACAGACACCCUUAAUUUUAUGCCUUGAGGAAGUGGACAAUCAAGCAAGUGAGCAGGGGCUGUCACUUUCUAAUAGCUUUAGAACUAAUUUUGGGGCUCAACGACUAGUAAAUUUGAUGCUGCUUUGUUGAUUGAGCCUGGUAAUGAAUAGGUUAAUUAUCUCAAUCUUUUCUUGUACUCUGUAUAAUAUUGCAUUGUUUUCCUUUAAAUCUUCCAGUGUGUCUACAGUGGUUGGCGAUUUACCUAAUAAAUGGCCUUUUCUUUGAAACACCCCAGGGAAAGCUAAGACAAAGGCGACAUAAACCUA